AUGGCCACUGCAUCUAUCGAUGCGCUGGGUGCUUUCUCCCACCUCCAAACCAACUUGCCUCCGUGGAUCACCCGCAUUUCCGAGUUAGCCACACACGCCGCCGCCAGACAUGCCGAAUACUCUCAAGCCUAUCAAAAACACACCACAUUUAAGCCGCGUCGCCGAAAGAAUAGCUCCGUUCGCUCUAUCCACACCGAUGACCUCGCCCCGAUUGCCAAACAGGAGACACCACCCUCCGACGCAGUGGAGGAAACCACAACCACAAUCUCAACCCCUAAGGACGAGAAAGUGCCAGCACAGCAGGCUGGUCGCAAGCGCGGAACCGACGAAGCCCCCUCGAUCGACUCAGGAGAGCGUCACGCCUUUGUCAGCACCCGACACAACGUGAUCAUCGAAUACGACGGUCAUACACAAAAGGUUCUGGAAGAGGUCGUGAGGGAAAUUGGUAUUGCAAGGAACAACAUCCGCCGCGGUAAGAUGUCACUAAUGCCUCGCGGUGGAGGUCUUCGCGCCAAUCUGUUGAACCGAACCGCUGGUCUGAACACCCAGAUUGGAGGAGUCGGUGGAGUGGGUGGCGAACCGUCACCUCUCUCUUCCCUGUCUUGUGUUCGGAGUACCCGAACCGCCUCUGGCGUGGUUGGCGUGACGGGCACAUCAACUGGCGUUCGCAAGGAGUCACCCUUUGACUUCGCUGACAAGCAAUUGGAAUUGGCGCACAGCCUCUGCGAAACUGCCGCGUACCAAGUGCUUCGAUCAGGUGACUGCGCUACCGAACUCGAUGGGGUAGAAGAGAAUUUCAAGAUGCUCCUGGAAAUGACCAACAGCGAAGUGACUCGUCUUGAAGAGGAAAAAAAGCAACGAGAAGCACAAGCGACCGAAGAAGAGAAGGAGAACCAAGCCACCCAACCUCCGAACCCGACGGCUGCGCGACUUGCGCGCAUUGCGGCGAUCACUGCAAAUACGAGUAAACAACCCACGGCCGUCGCGAUGGGUACUAUCGAAGUUGAUGACGACUCUUCCAUAUCAGCCGAAUCUCUCGACUUGUCUGCACUUCGACGUUCGCGCAUUCGCGUUUAA